CAAACACUAGAUAGCAGAGUCCUAGACAAACAAAUAUCUUCCCGUUACAUGAUAGCUAAAUCCAUUAUGAUAAUUGGCAGCUACUUCUAGAAAAGUCAAAAAGAGAUGAUCACAAGGCUUCAUUGUUUCAAGCUGAUUUCUGCGAAAUAGUUACUCUCCUCGCUCACAUUUGACGAACAAAAUGGAUAUCAAAACGUUGCUACAUGAUCUUCGUGAAGAAGUGUCAUGUCCUGUGUGUACUAACAUAUACACGGAUCCAAAACAGCUCCAAUGUUUGCACAGUUUCUGCCUCCAGUGCUUGCAGCAAUGGUACAGAACAAGUCAUGGCCGAGACACAAUCAGAUGUCCGAAAUGCCAAGCUCUAAACAAAGUGCCGGAAAGUGGCGAUCUGAAAGAUCUACCAACCAGUUUUUACCUGAACGGCCUGAUUAAUGUGUUAGCCAUUAAAGAAUGUAACAACAGUCAAGUACAGUGUGGAAAUUGCGACAAGAAAAGCUCCGAGACAUCUUAUUGUUUCCAGUGUUGCAUAUUUUAUUGCCAACAAUGCGUCAUUGGACACAACAUCAUGCGAAGCAACAAAGAUCACCGUGUUCUGGCGCUCAAGGAUUUUCAAGAAAAGGACUUUGAAGAUGUGAUGAAACGACCCAUGUACUGCUCGAAACAGCGGCACGAGAAGGAAGAACUGAAGUACUUCUGCAAGGAUUGUACUAAGGCAGCUUGCCACAGCUGUGUCGUGUUAUAUCAUGCGGGUCACGCUAUGGUGCACCUAGACGAAGAAGCUGAAAAACAAAAGAUCCAAAUGAACUCAUUGAUAGAAACAAAGAGGAGUGAUUUACAAGCAAAAAGAAACAUUGUACGACAACUUGAUGAGGAUUACGCAAAAAUUAAACAAACAGGAGAAGACUUGGAGCGAGAAGUACAGGAGUUUGUGGACAAUUUGUUUGCAACUGUUGAAGCGAAGAAACAAGCCAUUUGUGAAGCAGUGAAGAGAGAAACGGGGAAAUCGCUCGAAAUUAUUGCAAGGCGGAAAACGGAGAUAGAACGUCAAAUUGACUUAACCGAAUUAUCGUUGGAGAAAGCUGAUAAACUGAUGAUACGAAGUACAAACGCUGAAGUCGUUCUCCUAAUGAAAUCAUUAGAGACAAUGUUUCAGAGAGAUGAUCAAAACCAACCAGUGGACCUCGACUUAAAAAACCCUCCUUUUUUAGCUUUUGUUGAGAAUCGUAAGCUACGGAACACUAUUGAAGGCGACGGAAUUGGAUCUUUGCGAUUAGCACACCAAACAAAAGCAAACCAGUCCGUUGCUGAAGGUAAAGGACUUGAAGAAGGAUUUGUUAACCAUAUAGCGCAGUUUACUUUAACUACAAGAGACGCCGAACGAAGACAGUGUUACAAUGAAGAUGAUCACGCAACGGUGGAGAUCAUGGACGAACAUGGACGAGAAUGCGUAACGGAAGUGCAAAUAAAGGACAACAAAGAUGGACUCUAUCAGAUCAGCUAUUUUCCCAGAGUUUUAGGAAGGUUUAGAGUAACAGUAAAGGUAAACGGAGAACAUGUUCAAAACAGCCCUUUUACUAUAAUAGUAAAACCAUUUCAGUUCAAAGCCGUGUUGUCUUUCGGAAAGAGUCCUUGGGGAGUAGCAGUGAAUGCCAGGGAUGAAAUAGCUGUAACUAAUUCCCUUGACAACAGAGUUGAAAUUUUUAACAAGAAUGGAAAUUACUUGAGAUCAUUCGGUAGGGAAGGUCACAUGGCGGGAGAGUUUAAAUAUCCGAGGGGAAUAGCAUUUCAUAAUAACGGGAAUAUUUACGUGGCCGACCGGAAUAACCACAGAAUCCAGAUUUUUAGUGGGGAGGGUCAGUACGUGAGCAGUUUUGGUGAGAAAGGAAACCUUGAUAGUCAGCUUAAUUCUCCUUUGGGCUUAUCGGUAGACAGUAAUGGAAACAUUAUUGUCGCUGAUACAGGUAACAAAAUGAUUAAGAUCUUUUCUUCUGAUGGCACGUUUCUAAUGCAGAUAGGUGGACAGGGGGCUUUUACUUGUCCCAUCCACUGUGUCCAGUACGAUACAUAUCUCAUAGUGUCGGACAGAAAUGAACAUUGUAUUAAAGUUUAUGACAGGGACGGAAACUUUCAGUACAAGUUUGGAAAGGAAGGCGAACGAGACGGGAAGUUUUAUUAUCCCGAAUGUUUGUCAGUGAACAAGUCAGGACAUCUGAUGGUAUGUGACUCAUAUAAUCAUAGAGUACAAGUAUUUGAACUGAAUGGAAGGUUUCUCAGUAAGUUUGGAACUAAAGGUGGCAAUUUAGGAGAAUUCAAUGGUCCAAGGUCUCUGGCGGAUCUUUCUAAUGGGCAAAUUGUUGUCGCCGAUGAUGGAAACGAUCGUAUUCAGAUAUUUGAGUAAAAUAUAAUCAGUAAAGAAAAUUGAUUUGAUUUCUAUUUCAAAAAUGUAUUCGUGAAAUAGUAGUAAAAAUGACGGACGUGGCUCUAUCAACAAGUGUGUAGAAUGAAGUCUAUCUUUCAGUCAACCCCGUUGGUAAUUUAGUCAGAUAAUUAACAUAUUACUCUUCUGAUGUGAUAACUACAUUUCGACUUGCUUGUUGUUCAGAUCCUGCCGCAUAAUAUUCAAUGUUUUAUUUCUAACUUUAUGAA